GGUGAGAAGCCCAAGUACAACAGAAAGAAAUUCUGCUGUCAAUCCUCUAUCUUCGCCCACUAUGCCUCCAUUGAAUACAGCCUAUCUCCAGGAUACACGUCGUUAUUUAUCUGGUAGUGGUAGUCUAUCUGAGAAAAGGAAUCAUCAUCACCAGCACAGUCAAUUACAACAACUGCAAACAUCUGCUUCUCCAUUGCAUUCCAGUUUACAAACACGUAAAACUAGUAUCCCGUAUACAGGGGAUGCGAAUUUUGGCUAUCCUCCUUCACUGAAUUCAUCUUCACUUCACAACAGUAAUAAUAAUUCAAAUAUCCAACAGUAUUCAUCAAGGAAUCAUCCAUUUGUCCCGCCGAUCUCUUAUCGUCCAGCAACACUAACCACUAAUGUCAAUUUCGUAUCAAGUGCACAACAGUGUAACCAACCGACGACGAUGACUGGUAUCACUACUGGCACCACCACCACUACGACUUCUGCUACUACCUUUGACCCUACUUCUACUACUACCAAUAAAUCUUGUAUCGUAAGUCGUCGUGAACGAUCCUCUAAGGAUCAUCCCUCAGAGUUAAGCCAAGCUCAACAAUAUCCUACAGCGUACAGUUCACAGAAUAAUCUAUCAUCAAUACAAUCAUCAAAGGCAGAGAUGAAUGUGACGAGUAUACCGGCAAGUAAUCCUGUACUCCACAAGUAUUCACCGUAUACACCGUCAUCUCAAAUGCAGAAUAAUCAAAUGCCAGGGGUUCCACAGCCAUCAGAAAACCAUCAUUCCUCAAAUCAUCAUUCAUACUACAACUAUCCCCCACAUCACUCUUCCGUCCAAACUUUGAAAACUCCACUAACCAACGUGAAUACCGAGACUCCUAUCAAAUCAACCACGAAUGUCGCCUUCACACCUUCUAAUCAUUCAUCAAAUAAAACCUCACGAAAAUCACUAGAUAACACAGAACAACGUCGAAAGGCCCGUGAACUCUAUGUAGCUUUAAAACAACGUUAUCCAUCAGCUAGUCAAAACACUCCGACCCACGAUGAAGUUCCUACAUUAUCAUCAUCAUCACAGAAUACCCCACCGAUGAUUGGUCGAGAUAAUCCGACUGAAACUAUCACUGACAAACAUUAUCCCCAACAACAAUCCGAACAGCCACCAAAUAAAUCACACGAACAGCAUUCAGACAGUGGUUUGUUAGUCAAAGAUCCAAUUAGUCAAAAUAAUCAAGUGAAACACAAUGAAACUGAUCGAGAUCAUCCUGAGACUACACAGAAGUUUGACUCUAAGAAUACUUUAGAAGGCCAAUCUCAAUUGAAUAUACCGAAAGAUUUCAGUGGCUGUGAUCAAAAGGCUAAUAGUUCAUUGAUUUCUAAUGCUGCCACUGCCACGAACACUACUACUUAUAAUAAUUCUGUUAGUAGUAUAUUACUUACUGACAAUAAAUCCAAGCAUAGUGCCACUCUUGUGGAAACUAUAAAAAAUUUAAGUUAUCAAGCUGUUUCCCCAGAUGACCUCAUUCGUCCAUGUGGUUAUCAAUCUGAUGGAGGAUUAGAGUGUAUGAACAUUUUCUCUCCAACACAUUCAAGUUAUAAUUCCAUGAAACAGCUAACUUCACCGAUGUCAUAUCAGACGACAACAACAAAAUCACCCACUAGCACAACCACCAACACAACAAACCAACAACAACAACAGCAACAAAUCGAUAUUAAUGAUAAAUUAUAUAAUCCUUCAAAUGUUUUAAUUAGUUCAUUACCAAGAAAUUUAAAAGCGCCAUAUUUAAAUUCAUCAUUACAAUUUAUAAAUUAUCAAGCUAAAAAGAAAAAAUCCGAUGAAGAGAAUAAUGAAAUGCUGGGAAAUUAUGCACGUCGUAUGCAUGAACGUCUACAAGAGGGAAUGAGAGCAGCACAAGAGUCUUUAUGGAUUCCUGACUUGCCUGAGCUGAAUAUUAUGAAUCGAUUGAAUCAUUCUGAUAUCAUGAAAAAUAUAAGUUCGUCAAUGAAUGAAGGAAAUAAAACCACAUCAUUGUCGGAGAGUGAAACAGACCAUUUGUCAUGUUCUAAUCAAAAUGAUGAGCCAAAAGUCAAAAUGACGCCAAUGAAUCCAAAUUUAAAUCUAGACAAAAUGUCUUCACCGUUAUCAAUCAGUGAAACGGGUCAUCUACCGCAUCCGUUGAAUUCACGAGUCAAUUGUUAUUCAUCUUUAAAUUUAGGAUUUCAUUUAACCAAUACUUCUGUCAACAGUGGUGGUGGUGGGAAUCGACCACAGGAAGGCAGUCAAGCAAUUACGAAAGGUUUUAAUUCUCAAUCAAUUAAUAAUAUAAAGGUCAAUAAUAAUAACAAUAGUAAUAAUGACAACAGUAAUGAUGUACACGGCGAAUAUUCUCAUUGGGAUUUAAAAAAUGGCGUGUGUUCUGAUGUCGAAGAUCUACUGAAUCAACAUGAACGACGUCUGCUGUCACUUUCAUCAGGAACUGGUAAGAUUCGGUUUCCAUUGUUUGUAUGCUUGUUUUUGGAAGUUAUGAACACCUUCAAGUUGUUAGAUUUCACCGAAUUAUUAGAAACGAAAGACAACAGGUCUGUUAACAGUGUGAGUAGUGUUCAACGUGAUUUUGGCGCUUUAUUGAAGAGAACUGGUGUGAGUUGA